AUGUUUUCUUCAUUCACUCGAGUUUCGUUGGGUCGCAAAAUAAAUGUCAACUUUUUUUUGUCGACAACAAAACGUUUGGUUCCCUCUAUUACUACUCAGCAGAUUCAACACUCUCAACAGAUACAGCAGAUUCAACAGAUUGGAAAUGGAAAAAUAAUUACCACUAAAUUUACUAGAUUCAUUAGUACUUUACCUUCAAAAGAUUUUCUUUUUAGAUCCGUUGAGUCAUCAAAUGCUACUACUACUACUUUUUUAAAUUAUUAUCAUUUAUUAUUAUGUCGUCCCAAACUUUCGUUUUCUAUUUUCAAUAAUGUACUAUUACCUAAUAAUGGUGCAUUUAGUAAAUCUGUUCGUUCCAAGAAAACGUUUAGAUAUAAAAUGAAAACUCAUUCUGGUGGUGGGAAACUCAAACGAUGGAGAGUUGGAAAAUCACAUUUAAACACUGGAGUUUCGAGAACUCGUUUACGUCGUUUGAAAAAACCAGCAUUUGCCACAAAAGAGUCAGUUAUAUUACGGUUGAACUCGGAGAGCAUUUUAAGAUUAGGAGAUCUUGGUCGCACUUAUGAUUCAAAUAAAAAUGACAACCGUACAUACUUUUAUAAAAAUUAUACUUAUGGAAGUUAUAAAACUCAAUACCAAUCAAUCCUUGAUGGAAAUAUUUGGUUCAUGGUCUUUGAAGCUUUUAUUACAGCAUUAUCUCUUUCUGCGGUAAAUUACAAAUUUAUUCUUUCAACUACACAAAUAAUUCAAACUCAAAAUUGGACCAACCGUAUAAAUGGUCAAAUUCUAAUUGAUGCAAGUUCUGACCAAGAGCCUUUUUCAAAAGUUAUAAUUAUAUGGGAAGUUACUCAACUUUUGUUCUUGGUAGUAUGUGCUGGAGCUUCAGUAUUCUUAGGACAUAAGUUAUAUAAACAAUUUGGAUGGAAUAUUUAUAAAAAAAUAGGAGCCAGUAUUCAAACACAAAAUGCUUCACAUAAUACUCGAUCAAUUAUUAUUCAAAGUAUUAUGGUGGUUCUUGUUAUUCCAAUGGUUUGUUUAGCAUUGUGGGGGGUACGAACUGAAAAUAAAGUUGCCAUGAUCAUUUAUGUUCUGGCUUCUAUGGUUACCAUAAUUAAUUUCAUUUAUAUAUUAGCCGAAUUCAUUAUUAAACGUGAUGAAAAUUUAUUAACACUUUUGGCGAAAGCACAGUUAAUGAAAGUUUUAAAACCAAUGACUAAAAAGGCUCAAAAAGAUGAAACAGUUGUCAAGUCUAUUGUCGAGCCUGUUAUAAUAAAAACUACCACUACUACAAAUAAAUCAAAUAAAAAAGCUUCGUCUCAAAAAUCAGUUGAAGAGAUAUAUCAGAAGAAAUCUCAGCUUGAACACAUCUUGUUGCGACCCGAUACGUAUAUCGGUUCCACCGAGUCAAUUACUGAAAAGAUGUGGACUUAUGACUCGGACUCGGAUACCAUGCAAUUCGGGGAAGUGGAUAUUGUACCAGGACUAUACAAAAUCGUUGAUGAAAUUUUAGUAAACGCUGCAGAUAAUAAAAUUCGAGACCCUUCUAUGGACACACUAAAAGUGACAAUUAAUAAAGAACAAAACCUUAUAUCAAUCUAUAACAAUGGAAAAGGAAUUCCUGUCAAAAUACAUAAAGAAGAAGGAAUUUAUGUUCCAGAAUUAAUAUUUGGUCACCUUCUUACUUCAAGUAAUUAUGAUGACAAUGAGAAGAAGGUUACAGGUGGUCGUAAUGGUUACGGAGCAAAAUUAACAAAUAUUUUUAGCAAAAAAUUCAUUGUGGAAACUGCUGACAAAAAAUUGAAAAAAAAAUAUCAACAAGUAUUUAGAAAUAAUAUGAGUAUUACUGAAGAACCGAAAAUUCAAGAACAUACCAAAAAUGAAGAAUAUACUAAAAUUACUUUUAAACCUGAUUUGGAUAAAUUUAACCUUACGGAAUUAACUGAUGAUACAAUUGAUUUAUUAAAAAAACGGGUACACGAUUUAGCUGGAUGUGUUAAGGGAAUAAAAGUUUAUCUAAAUAAUGAACGUAUUGAACUUAAGAAUUUUAAAGAUUACGUUAUGAAAUAUGUAAAAUCAAAUAGUUCAGAUCCGGAUACAUUACCGUUCGUACAACACGAGAUAGUAAAUGAUCGAUGGGAAGUUGCAGUUGCAGCAAGUCCUGAUGGCCAAUUUCAUCAAGUAAGUGGCGGUACACACGUCAAUCACGUUUUAGAACAACUCGUUGGAAAAAUUACUGAAACUGUUAAGAAAAAAAAAGAACUUAAAGAUGCAAAAUUUAAACCGAAUAUCGUGAAAAAUCAUUUAUGGGUUUUUAUCAAUUGCUUGAUUGAAAAUCCGGCUUUUGAUUCCCAAACCAAAGAAACUUUGACUCUGAGGCAAAAUGAAUUCGGGUCGAACUGUCAAUUUAAUGCUAGUUUUAUUAAUAAAGUCAUAUAUAAGCAAGAGUCAGAAUUCAAGAAAUCUGAUGGUUCAAAGAAAUCGAAAUCGAAGGUUUCCGCAAUUGAAAAGUUAAGUGAUGCAAAGAAUGCUGGAACGAAGAAUUCGUCUCAAUGUACUCUUAUACUUACUGAGGGAGAUUCUGCAAAGACUUUAGCUGUUGCAGGAUUAUCUGCUGUUGGAAGAGAUAAUUAUGGUGUAUUUCCACUUAAAGGAAAAUUAUUGAAUGUACGAGAUGCCAGUACCGCACAAAUUUUAAAAAACGAAGAAAUUCAAAAUAUCAAAAAAAUUCUAGGUUUGCAACAUGAUAAAGUCUACACUUCUUUAGAUGAACUACGAUAUGGACAUCUUAUGAUUAUGACAGAUCAAGAUCAUGACGGCAGUCACAUCAAAGGAUUAAUAAUUAACUUCUUGGAUCGCUUUUAUCCAUCAUUGAUGAAAAUACCCGGAUUUCUUAAAGAAUUUAUUACUCCUAUUUGCACUAAUAUUAAAACAAAGAAUAAAAUAAGUUUCUUUACUUUACCUGAAUAUGAAAAUUGGAAAAAAACCCACAGUGAUGGAAAAGGCUGGGAUAUUAAAUAUUAUAAAGGUUUGGGUACCAGUAGCCCUGCAGAAGCUAAAGAAUAUUUUGCGGCAUUAGGUCAACAUAUGAAACCUUUUAAAACAGUUCAAAAUGAAGAGCGUAAUUUUAUUGAUUUGGCGUUUAGUAAAAAGAAAGUAGAGGAACGAAAAGACUGGUUAAAGAAUUACAAACCUGGAACUUAUAUUGAUCAUAAUGUUAGUGAAAUAUCAAUCGAUAAUUUUAUCAACCGAGAACUUAUAUUAUUUAGUAUGGCUGAUAAUGUUCGAUCUAUUCCUUCUGUUCUUGAUGGAUUAAAACCUGGUCAACGAAAAGUUUUGUUCAGUUGUUUUAAGAGAGACCUUAAAAAAGAGAUUAAGGUUAUUCAAUUAGCGGGUUAUGUCUCCGAACAUACAGCUUACCAUCACGGAGAAGCAAGUCUUCAUUCUACCAUAAUUACUAUGGCUAAUAAUUUUAUUGGAUCAAAUAACAUUAAUCUUUUGGAACCAAGUGGUCAGUUCGGUUCGCGUAUACAGGGUGGAAAAGAUUCUGCGAGCGCUCGUUAUAUUAACACAAGGCUUAACACAUUGACGCGAUUAAUAUAUUCUCCUCAUGAUGAUGAAUUGUUAAAAUAUUUGAACGAUGAUGGUGCUAGCAUCGAACCUGAAUGGUAUUUACCAAUUCUUCCUAUGGUCUUGGUCAAUGGUGCAGAUGGUAUCGGAACUGGUUGGAGUACAUCGAUUCCCAAUUUUAAUCCUCGUGAUAUUGUUGCAAAUCUAAAAAAUUUAAUGGACGGAAAAGAAUUAGAACCGAUGAGUCCCUGGUAUCGUGGUUUUCAGGGAGAAAUUGAAAGAGUUAAUGGUGAUAAAUAUAAAGUUAGCGGUAUAAUUGAAAGAGAUAAUGAAAAAGAUAAUAUAAUCCAUAUUACAGAAUUGCCAAUUAAAGUCUGGACUCAAAAUUAUGAAAAUGAUCUCAAGAAAUUAAUGUCUGAUGAUAAUAAAACCACCACUCGUAUUAAAGCACGUCUUUACACUCUUUGGAGACCAAAUUUCGAAGUUAUAUUAGAUGAUGAAUUGGUCGAUGAACCUCAUGAAGAUCUUGAAAAAAGGUUUAAGACUACUUCAUAUCUCAAUACCUCAAAUAUGGUAUGCUUUGAUAAGGAUGGUCGAUUGAAAAAGUACGGAUCACCCGAAGAAAUACUUGAAGAAUUUUAUCAUGUCAGAUUAGAAUAUUAUUUCAAGCGAAAAGAACAUUUAUUAAAGAAAAUUGAACUUGAAUGUAAAAAGUUGCAAAACAAAAACCGAUUCAUCAAAAUGAAGAUUAGCCGUGAUCUUCAAUUUGAAGGAUUAAAAAGAAUUGAAAUUAUAAAUCUACUUGAAUCCGAAGGUUUCGAUAGAAUUCGAGGUAAAGAUGAAAUCAGUGCAAAUAGUACAAAUGAAAAUGAGAAUACUAGUGGCUAUGAUUAUCUUAUGCGAACAACUGCUUGGAACUUUAGUGAAGAAGAGGCACAAAAACUUGACCGAUUAUUUAAUGAAAAAUCAAAAGAACUCUCAAUACUACGUGAUAAACGUCCAACGGAACUUUGGAUUGAAGAUUUAGAUAAAUUUUUAGAGGGGUGGAAUGUUGCAGAAACCGAAUUCAAAAAAAUAGUGAGCGGAGCUUCAAAAGAAGGGGAUAGUAAAAGAUCGGAGAGUAAAGCAAAGGCUAAAUCAAAGUCGGUUAAAAGGUAG